CCCCAUGCGCCGCCCCGCCGCCGCGGUGCCACAGCUAUGACCCUGAGCACGGAGAUGUCCGAUGCCUCCGGCCUCGCGGAGGAGACAGACAUCGACGUGGUGGGGGAGGGCGAGGACGAGGACGACGAGGAAGAGGAGGACGACGACGAGGGUGGCGGUGGCGGGCCCCGGCUGGCUGUCCCCGCGCAGCGGCGCCGGCGGCGGCGGCGCUCGUACGCCGGGGAGGACGAGCUGGAGGACCUGGAGGAGGAGGAGGACGACGAUGAUCCUGUGGCCGGCAGCGUGCUCCCGGGCCCCGCCAGCCCGCGCGGGGCCGGCGCGGCGGCGGCGCGGCGCGGCGCGGGCGGCGGCGGCGCGGGCGGCGGCGCCAAGAACCCGCUGGUGAAGCCGCCCUACUCGUACAUCGCGCUCAUCACCAUGGCCAUCCUGCAGAGCCCCAAGAAGCGGCUGACGCUGAGCGAGAUCUGCGAGUUCAUCAGCGGCCGCUUCCCCUACUACCGGGAGAAGUUCCCCGCCUGGCAGAACAGCAUCCGCCACAACCUCUCGCUCAACGACUGCUUCGUCAAGAUCCCCCGCGAGCCGGGCAACCCGGGCAAGGGCAACUACUGGACGCUCGACCCCGAGUCCGCCGACAUGUUCGACAACGGCAGCUUCCUGCGCCGGAGGAAGCGCUUCAAGCGGCAGCCGCUGCUCCCGCCCAACGCGGCGGCCGCCGAGUCGCCGCUGCUGCGCGGCGCGGGGGGCGCGGGGGGCGCGGGCGACCCUGCGGCGGCCGCCGCGCUCUUCCCGCCCGCGCCGCCGCCCGCCUACGGCUACGGCCCCUACGGCUGCGGCUACGGCCUGCAGCUGCCGCCCUACGCGCCGCCCUCGGCGCUCUUCGCCGCCGCCGCCGCCGCCUUCCACCCGCACUCGCCGCCGCCCCCGCCGCACGGCGCGGCCGCAGAGCUGGCCCGGACCGCCUUCGGCUACCGGCCGCACCCGCUCGGCGCCGCCUCGGCCCUGCAGGCCUCGGCGGCCAAGGCGGCCGGCCCCGGCGCUCCGGCGCUGGCGCGCUCGCCCUUCUCCAUCGAGAGCAUCAUCGGAGGCACCUGGCCGCCGCCGCCGCCCGCCGCAGCCGCCGCCGCCGCGCAGGCCUCGCCCUCCCUCGCCGGUGGCCGCGCGCCCGCGCCCGGCGGCGGAGGCUGCGCGCAGGCGGCCGUGGGCCCCGCGGCCGCUACCCGCUCCCUCGUGGCCGCCGCGGCCGCCGCCGCCUCCUCCGUGUCCUCGUCGGCCGCCCUGGGGACUCUGCACCAAGGGACUGCCCUGUCCAGUGUCGAGAACUUUACUGCUAGGAUUUCAAAUUGUUAAUAACGCUAUGUUAGCGCGCUUGAGAAGGAGAAGGUAGGCACCCGGCUCCUUUUUGCAUCUCGGUGGUUGGGUGUUUUGUUCGCCCCUCUCGGCGCGGCCCCUCCCGACCUCGCGCGCCCGUAUUCGCCGCUUCGGAGUCUCGGACCAAACUGCGUUGGCCACAGCCGGGCGCGCUUUUCGGCUCUGCGGGUCCCUCUAUUUAUGCAAAGCCGUCCUAUGCUGCAGCCCCGGACCUGGGGUAGGGAGGAAGGGGGUGCUGGUGGGGGUCCGCCCUGUCUAGGCGCUAGGGACUUCCUUGACUUCGGCAAACUAAAAACAACAACAAACAACUAAGCCUUUCUGAGGUGUAGAGAUUCUCAGGUCAGGUCCAGGCGUUAAAACAUAAAUGCUGUUCAAAAGAAGAAUAAUGCAGAAAUAGCAAAGUUCUCAAAGAAUGCCAGCGAAGCAAUACUUUUUUUUUUUUUUUUUAUCUGAGGACACUUGUCUGGUGUACUUUUUCAUGAAAAGGAAAGAAUGAUUAACAUGUUUACACAAGAAAAGUCAAAAUUAUCAUUUCUUAUUUUAACCUGUGUUUUGUAUCAUAAUAGACGUGCGGAAUUUUUAUUUUGUACUUACUGCGUAUUCUUUGCAAGGAGAAUUGUAAAUUUUACUGGCAAUUAUUGUUGUACUAUUCUAAUGUAAGGUUUUUACACUUUUUCAGAAAUAAAAUACUUAAUUUUCAAAGAAAA